UAAAGAUUCUGUUUGUCCCUCAAAAAACCCAGCAAAGCUCAUCAGAAUCAUGAGGAUAACAGAGAAUUUGAUCAUACUUUUCUGGCUUUUCUCUGUUUUUUCUUGUUUGAUUUCUUCUUUAACUGUUGCUAAACCAGCAUCUAGAUUUCCUUCUUCCGCCAUUAGAGCAGAGCUUGCUCGAAAGAACAGUAAUAAGCCUUACAAAGCAAAGUAUUUCACCCAAAUUCUUGAUCAUUUCAACUUCAAUCCCAAGAGUUACCAGAGAUUUCAGCAUAGAUAUUUGAUCAAUGACACUUAUUGGGGUGGCCCGAAGAAGAAUUCCCCAAUCUUUGUUUACACUGGAAAUGAAGGAGACAUUGAAUGGUUCGCUCAAAAUACAGGAUUCAUGUACGACAUUGCACCGGAUUUUGAUGCUCUUCUUGUUUUCAUCGAGCAUCGAUUUUAUGGAAAAUCAAUUCCAUUCGGCGGUGAUAAAGAAACUGCUUACAGCAAUGCAAGUACACUUGGAUAUCUAACCUCGACGCAGGCCUUGGCGGAUUACGCCACUUUGAUAAUUGAUCUGAAGAAGAACCUGACGGCGGUUGAAGCCCCCGUGGUGGUUUUCGGCGGUUCUUACGGUGGAAUGCUGGCAAGUUGGUUUCGAUUGAAAUAUCCGCAUAUCGCCAUCGGAGCUUUGGCGUCUUCAGCUCCAAUCCUCAACUUUGAGAACAUAACAUCACCAUAUAGCUUCAACAACAUCAUCACUCAAGAUUUCAGGAGCGAAAGCGAAACUUGUUACAAAGUGAUAAUGGGAUCGUGGAAAAAAAUUGAAAACACCGGCAAGCGAUCUGGGGGACUUGAGCUACUCCGAAAAUCAUUUGGAAUCUGCAAAAAUUAUAUUGAUGCGGACGCUUUGGAGGGUUGGCUUCAAACAGCAUUUGUUUACACUGCCAUGACAGAUUAUCCAACUCCCUCCAACUUUUUGAAUCCUUUGCCAGCUUAUCCAGUAAAACAGAUGUGUAAUGCCAUCGAUGAUCCAAAGACAGGGAAUGAUACAUUUGCAAAGUUGUACGGUGCAGCUAAUGUAUACUAUAAUUACUCUGGGACAGCCACGUGUUUCAAUCUGGCAUAUUCUCCUGAUCCUCAUGGCCUCGAUAUGUGGGGCUGGCAGGCAUGUACGGAAAUGAUUAUGCCAACGGAAGGGAACAAUAAGAAGAGCAUAUUUCCAGAGUCACGAUGGAGCUAUUCUGAGAGAGCAGCUACCUGCAAAGACGACUUUGGCGUUGAUCCCAGACCCAACUGGAUUACUACCGAAUUUGGUGGCCGUGAUAUUUACAGGGUGUUGAAGAGGUAUGGGAGUAAUAUGAUCUUCUUUAACGGCUUAAGAGAUCCUUGGAGUGGUGGAGGGGUUUUGAAGAACAUAUCCAAAACCAUUGUUGCAAUCGUUGCUGAACAAGGGGCACACCAUGUGGAUAUAAGAUUUGCGACUAAAGAAGAUCCGAAAUGGCUUCGAGAUGUGCGGCAAAUGGAGAUCAACAUCAUUUCCAAAUGGAUCUCUGAAUAUUAUGAUGACCUUGCACAUCAUUCCUAACCGAGGUAAGGAAAAUAAAUUGUUUAAACAUUGUAUAAGCAAUGUAGCAAUCGACCUGCUUAAUAUUGAGAAAAUAAGAACAAUUGCAUGUUAUACAAUUGAAAAAGCAACGAUUGCUCC